AGUAAGUGUAGUGAUCAAAGCGCGUAAGUCGAAUAAACCUAAAAGUCAGUGAAAUAAUAACUAAACUAGUGUUUAGUUGUGUGUUACAGAUCCAGUAUACUCCAGCCGCAAUGGAUACUUCGGUUGUUAUAGAAGUAUGCAACUUAGACACCACAGGAACAACUGAAGGUGAGGAAAAUUCACGUGCUCAUCACAGACAUAGAGAGCGCUCUCAUUCGAGAGGCCACUCCAGAGAGAGAUCGAGAAGUAACGGGGGUGAAGUAAUUCUGGUAGCAGUGGAUGGAGAGGAUGUUAGUGAAAAAGGACGGUGCCGAUCUAGAGGUAGAGAUCGCUCCAGGUCAAGAAGUCAUUCUAGAAGGUCCCGAGGCCACUCUAGAGGACGAUCUCGGUGUCAUUCAAGACGAUCUAGGUGCUAUUCCAGAGGAAAUUCUAAGGAAAGAUGUACAAAAAAAUUUAACGAAGAUAUUAUACUUGUCUCAUUGACUGACGAUCAAAUGAUUCAAUCUAAACAUAGGUGCAGAGAUCGUUUGCGCUCCAGAGAUCACUCUAGAAGUAUAUCAAGGUCAUCAAGGAGUAAUUCUCGAGGAAGGAGCAGAGAGAUAUCUCCAAAUAAAUGCAAGGAAAGAGAGGGCGUCUUUAUGCUAGCGUCGUAUAUCCACUACUAUGUGCCUGGGAGUUUGAGAAUCCAUACAGAUCGGAAGGUUGAAAAGGCAGAAUCGUAUAUUGAGAAGACGCGGCGCCCGCUGUUCCCCCCGGGUUUCAGAAGAUGGUUGCCAAUAUCAGAAGCCCCCUACCCUGGCUAUUGUAGGAAGCCGAGUAGUAGUGACUGUGAACCCGCUCUGUGUAAUUGCGUCCAAUUAAAACAAAUAUGGGAUCAGGUUAUAAACAAGAAUAAUCUCAAAUCCAUAUCUUAUAUGUUCAGCAGGGACGCAACCACACCGAAGAUUGCUCCUAAUAUACAGUUGAAAAGUUCUAUUAAAUAAUAUUCUACAUUCAAUUACGUAUAAUAAUAUUUUAUUUAAGAUACAUUUUACAUUGCAGUUACAUUACAUAAUAAAAUUUCAAGACAUUU